AAAAGGUACGUUGACGAUACCUUUAUAGUCUGCUACGAGAACUCGGACUUCAGCUGCAUCUUACAAGAAUUCAAUAAUUCCCAUCCUUCGAUUAAAUUCACAAUGGAGUUAGAAAGCGAUUCAAAGAUUCCAUUUCUGGACGUGGAAUUGACAAGAAGAGAUGAUGGAACCCUGAAGAGGUCCAUCCACAGAAAACCGACAUGGAAUGGCCAACUAACGCAUUUCUAUAGUUGGAUACCUCUGAGCCGAAAACGAGCCCUCAUCAGCGCACUAACCCAUCGCGUUAGAAAAAUCUGCAGCAACGAUUGCAUUGAAGAGGAGCUCCUAUUCCUCAAAAAUAUCCUGGCUCAAAAUGGCUACCCGACACGUUUUGUCGAAAAGAACAUGAAACCUAAACCUAAAAGAGAAGAAUGCGAUUCAGCGCCAAAGAAAACGCUGUAUCUAAAUCUGAAUUUCAAGGGAGAUUUGGCAGCUGAUAUCCUGAAGAGGAGAAUAUCCAGCUCUCUAAAGAAGACCUUCCCUGCAGCAACACUAAGAGUGACAUUCUCUAGCCGCCCAAUACUUCGAAACAACACGAAGGACAAACUUUCGCAUAUGACCAAUUCAAUGUGCAUAUACCAGUUCACUUGCUCGUGCGGAGCUAGGUACAUAGGUCGUUGUAUGCGCGUCCUCUCAAAACGUGUUAGAGAACACUACCCAGCGUGGCUGCAAAGAGGAGGCACCGGUUCAAUCAGAAGUGCCAUUAUUGAACAUCUGGUCAACACCUCCCACAAAAUCUCAACCGAUUCUUUCAAAGUGAUUUACAAAGUCAACAGAAACCUACCAAAAGCAAUAUGUUUCCGACUUCUUUGUACUGCAGAAGCCCUCGCAAUAUGCAUCGAGAAGCCGGAGCUGUGUGUUCAAAAGAAGUUAGUCCAACCUCUACAACUACCAUGGACCUAGCUUGGUAUGUUCCCUUUGUUUCCGUCUUUUUUUUCUCUUCCUCGUCUGUUUUCGUUCUUGUUUUUUCCUUUAGAGCAUUUUUCGUUCGCUGUGUGUCUGAUUCUUAGUCCCUCAAUCUUCGUUUAAUCCACCUAAUUUUUUUUUCAGCUAUAAAAACAGUUAUUUUAAGUUUGUUUCCAUGCUUUCCCUGUUCACAUUUAUAAUUCGUUUGAAAUAACUAUUUUACAAUUAUAUCCUAAUCCUGUGCAAUUUUUGUGUUUCUAAGGCUUUUGUAAUCUAUAUUCACACGUCCUAACUUUCAUUUCAGGCUCAAAUUAUUUUUUCAGUUAAUAAAACUAGUUAUUUUAAUUUUGUUUCCAUGCUCCUCCUGAUCACACUUGUAAUCCGUUUAGAAUAACCAUUUUACAAUUAUAUUCUAAUCCUGUGUAAUUUUUUGUUUCUAUGCCUCUUGUAAUCUAUAUUCAUACCUCCUAACUAACAUGUCAAGUUGAAAAUUUUGAUUUCAAUUUGUUUCCAUGCUCAUUUUGUUCACACCUGUAGUUCGUCCUAUCCCUGCGUUUCUAAACCUCUUGUAAUUCAUAUCAAGUCGAAAAUAAUUAUCACCUUCGAUUCGCCUUUAAAAUUAUUUCUCCAGUUAUCAAAUAUUAAUUUUUUGCAUACGUUGUAACUAUUUUCUAAUCCUAUGAAAUCUUGUCUCUAAGCCUCUUGUAAUCUAUAUUCGUACCUUCAAACUAUCAUAUCAAGUUGAAAAUUAUUAUCACCUUCGUUACUAUGUGAAAUUAAACAAAUAAUAAUUGUAUCCAUGUUAAAAUAAUCUAUAUAAAUGCGAUUGUACAGCUUUUGAGUAUGAAAUCGCCGAAAAGAUAUCUUUGCUGAACUUCGUGUUCUCUUCAUUCUGUUUUGAGGCGAAUGAAAACAUGCAGCACUGAAUGGUCAAGAAUGGUGAACAGAAUAAUUCAUUCAACUAAUAUUUUGCAAGGAUUUUGAUUCGAUUGUUUACAGGAAU